CCGGGCGCGAGCCGGGCUGCUCCUGCACCACAUUCAUCCUCUGCCAAGAGGAGCAGCCGGGCGCUCUCGGCUUGGCGCGCGCUGUUCACGGGAAGACCCAGUCGCCGCGCCCUUGCCCGGGACCCCCGUGGUUGCCCCAUCGCCACCUGGAGCCAUGGCUAGCCUCGGCCACCCUGCCGCCUUCGGCCGGGUCACCCACGCCGUGGUGCGGGCGCUGCCCGAGUCCCUGUGCCAGCACGCGCUGAGGCGCGCCAAGGGCGACGAGGUGGAUUUCGCUCGUGCCGAGCGGCAGCACCAGCAGUACGUGGGCGUGCUGGGCAGCAAGCUGGGGCUGCAGGUGGUGGAACUGCCGGCCGACGAGAGCCUGCCAGACUGCGUGUUCGUGGAGGACGUGGCCGUGGUGUGCGAGGAAACAGCCCUCAUCACCCGGCCCGGGGCGCCCAGCCGGAGGAAGGAGGUGGACAUGAUGAAAGAAGCAUUAGAAAAGCUUCAGCUCAAUAUAGUAGAAAUGAAAGAUGAAAAUGCAACUUUAGAUGGUGGUGAUGUCUUAUUCACAGGCAGAGAAUUUUUUGUGGGCCUCUCCAAAAGAACAAAUCAACGAGGUGCUGAAAUCUUGGCUGAUACUUUUAAGGAUUAUGCGGUCUCCACUGUUCCUGUGGCUGAUUCUUUGCAUUUGAAGAGUUUCUGCAGCAUGGCUGGGCCUAACCUGAUUGCAAUCGGGUCUAGUGAAUCAGCACAAAAGGCCCUCAAGAUAAUGCAACAAAUGAGUGACCACCGCUAUGACAAGCUCACGGUGCCUGAUGACAUGGCCGCAAACUGUGUGUAUCUAAAUAUCCCCAACAAAGGACAUGUCUUGCUGUACCGAACCCCAGAAGAGUAUCCGGAAAGUGCAAAGGUUUAUGAGAAACUGAAGGACCAUCUGCUUAUCCCUGUCAGCGCUUCUGAAAUGGAAAAGGUGGAUGGGUUGCUCACCUGCUGCUCGGUUUUAAUUAACAAGAAGGGGGACUCUUGAGCCUUAGAGUUCCCCUCUGGUAGCCAGCAAGAUGGCCCAAGCUAGGCCGGUGACUCUCUACCUACUCCUGUUGUUUUCCUUGACAAUCUACUGUGCUACUAACUCUUGUUUACAAAAAUUUAAUUCCAAAUUUAAUUGCUUCAUUUUCUGCACCCUUCACCCUCCUUCCCUUCAUGGUGGUACCUAAACUGUGGAUUUGCUAAAUGAAUUAAGCAACCUAGAAAAUAGAAAGCUAAUGAAUCAUUGCAAUGUGAUUAAUAAUAGUAUGGAAACACUCAUUACAGUGUUUAUAUAUCUAUGUGAAAAUCAUUCAGUUGCCAUGUAUUCUGAAGAUUGUCUUCUCAAUCAGUCAGAUAAACUAGAUUUUCUUCUCUGCAUCAUGAAUCAUAUUUGGUCCCUGUGAAAUCCCCUAGCCCAUGGAUUCUUUCCAUUUGUUCCAAAGUAUUUUCUUUGACCUGUGCUAGUUCCAUCACAAACAUUCUGGCCUUGGGUGAAGUCCAAAGUCUGUUUUAGGUACCUUCCUUCAGGGCUCUGUUGCCAGCCAGCAGUCUCCUCUGCCUCCUGGCCAUACCUUUGAAUACCACCAGCCCACAUCAGAGCGCCUGCUUUGGGGAGCACUCACUACACUGAGGCAGAUCUCCGCAGUUUGCCCCAGAGAUAGAAAUUCCAGAAGUAGAGCACCACACCUACAAAGGCAAAAUCUGCACUAGAUGGUUGCUAAGGGAGCCUACAUCAGGACACUUGCAAGCACCCCAAGGGUACAACAUCUUAGCGUGUCUCUAAGUCACAUACCAUGAAUUUUUGCCUCUUUAGUGGUCUUAGAAGACCUGAGAGGAAAGUCUCUUUAUGUCCUUCAGGUUAGUUCUGUUUUCCUCUAACCUCACUCACCCUAUUUCCAGCUUUCAACCCCUGCAAUCACCAAGGUCUACCAAAGUCAUCCUUCCAAGAGACAUCACAUCUUAGAAUGAUUUUUGAGAUCUAGAGGGAGCAGCCCUCACUGGUCAAGGAGCCUGUUCAGGAAAUGAAGGGUUAGUGCUUGAAACCAGCCUCAGAUGAUUCCACUUUGACAAAUUAGUGAAUAUUUACUGUGGAAUUCAAUUCAAACUUCUUUUUCCUCUAGCUUUCAAAUUAUACCACUUAUAUUUGACACAAGUCUCCCACAAAGAACAUUACCAUUGUGAAAGGAAAGCUCAUUCUUUUAUGUAAAGCUGAAUCAUGCCAGGGAAAUGAUACUUUCCAGACAUAUCAUCAAACUUCCUAGUCAUCUCCACCUUCCCUAUGUUGCCUCUGACUUAAGAUUUAAAAUCAAAGAGACUAAGAAAUAUUACUCCCAAUCUAGCUCUGCUCACUUCUGUGUGUGUGAUCAAACAUUCCUUAUGUCCGUGACUUUGCUCAUUUUCUCCCCCCCCUCAGCGGAUGAAAGUAAGAAGCCAGAGAAAAUCAAGACAUCCUUAACCACUGUCUAUCAUUUUCAUUUAAUUAACUACUUUAUUCCAGAAAUUUGAUCCUCUUUCCUGUUGUUUAACUCACAAAUGCAUAUCCCAUGCAAAAAUCCAUGUGCAUUCUGUGAAUAAACCAUGACCUGGUGGCGAUAGUAUUGUAAAACAUCUCAUCAUGGGUGAAUAAUAUGUUUGUACCAGAGAGAAUGAAUGCUAGCCACAUGCCUAAGUUAAUAAAGGAAAAUUGUUCUCUGCAAUUAUGGUUGCCCUUUUGGGUUAAAUCUAGCUCUACACUGGCAAAAGGCAGAAAUUCUCCCUGUGAGAGCUCACCAUCUCAAAAACAACCCAAUCAGCCAGUGGGGGCUAAUGGGUAUGUAAUUGUCAGUAACAUUCCUUCUAUCAUCCCAAAUUAGAAGACUGUUCUCUAUAGUAUUUAGCCAAUUAUAAGUGAAUAGGUUUUUCUUUGUAUCAAUUUGUUCUUCCCAGGGCAGUGUUUCAUUUUCCCUUUCCUUUCCUUCUUUUCCUUUUGUUUUUCUUUUCUUCUUUCUUUCUUGUUGAGAUCACUCGAGAUCUCUGUGCCUCUUCUAUAUCUUAUUCUGUACUUCUGUGUUGCCUAAUGGACUGACUUCUUUACAUGCUCUGUGUGAUAUAAUGAUGUAAGAUGCCCAGCAUAAUAGGAUUACUUCUCAUAAGCAUAGUGUUCCCUUUGAAAAGGAAAGAUACCUGAUACUAGGUUCCCUCGGGACUUAUAAGGAUGGGAAAAGUAACGGAACCCUGCUUCUGGCAUUAUAAAGACAUGGAGGACUUAUAUUUAAGUAAGAGAUGAGUCAAUUACUUGAUCAAUCUUAUGCAGUCUAACUAAACAGGAUAAAGUGCAAAUGCAUUAUAUAGUAUUAUUUCUUUAACUAGUUGGCUUGCUAUGAAAAUCAGUGGGCCCAUCUCUCUCAUGUAUAUUGAUGGUUCUCUGAAAGCUUCUGUGAGGAGAUUACUAAGGCCAUUUCUUCAUCUCAAAGGUGUGGGAAAAUAGUUGGUAGAUGAAUAAUGUGACUUACAUAAAUCUGCAUGUUCGUCUUUAUACUUAUUUACUCUUUAACGUACUACACAACUCCAACAUGACUUCAUCAUGGUGUUAGGCUUGUAUAUUUUAUUUUCCCACCCAAUUUCAGCCACUCUGUGUGCCAAAACCAGUAAUGCCUUCCACGGCCUGUUUGUCCAGAGAAGUUCUGCACUGAUGUUAGUCUCUUGCUGCCCAAUCCUACAUGUAUACCAAUCACGACGGAAUAAAAUGUGACUUGUACUGUGA